AUCGUCUUCCGCCUGGGUUUGCAAGCAUCUGGACACCAUGCAUUUCACCGCUCUUCUGACCGCGUCGCUGGCGGCUGGCGCGUUUGCGCAGUCUGUGUCGAACCCACACAAGAUGGCUGCGCAGAAGUUGGCCAAGAGAGCUCCAGCUCCGGCUCCACCACAAGAGCGCCGGUCAGUGCAUUCGCUCAGGAAACGACAACAGUCGAGCUACUUGACGUCCCAGACCGAGAAGUUUGCCGUCAACGGCACCGGAGUUCCACUCGUCAACUUUGACAUUGGCGAGUCAUAUGCGGGCACACUGUCCAUUGACGGGAACAGCUCGAACCAGAACCAGCUGUUCUUUUGGUUCUUUCCCUCGGAUAAUCCUGAGGCGUCGGACGAGAUCACCAUCUGGCUGAACGGCGGUCCUGGAUGCAGCUCGCUCGACGGCCUUCUGCAAGAACAUGGCCCCUUCCUAUGGCAGAGUGGCACCUACGCGCCAUUGCCAAACCCGUUUUCCUUUACGAACCUUACCAACAUGGUCUACGUCGACCAGCCGAUUGGCACCGGCUUCUCCCCUGCAGCAAAGGGAGCCCCAGCAAAGAUCAACAACGAGGUUGACGUUGGCAGACAGUUUGCUGGCUUCUGGAAAAACUUCAUGACCACCUUCAACAUGACGGGAAGGAAAGUUUACAUCACCGGCGAGUCGUAUGCGGGACAAUACAUCCCAUACAUUGCCAGCUAUAUGAUUGAUCAGAACAACACCGACUUUUACAAUGUCGCUGGAAUUCAAAUCAACGAUCCUAGUAUUGGGCUUAACUCGGUGCUCAACGAAGUGCCUGCCGCCACGCACAUGAACAACUAUGCCAACGUCUUCGCGCUCAACGACACGUUCGUGGCCGCCAUCAACAAGCGGGCAGAGCAGUGCGGCUACAUCGAGUAUAUGGAGAAUGCAUUGACCUUCCCACCCAAGGGCAAAUUCCAGGAACCGGUGAACGCCUCAAACCCAGAUUGCUUCAUCUGGGAGGAUAUCAUUUUUGCUGAGCUCUACGUCAACCCUUGUUUCAACUUUUAUCACUUGACAGAUUACUGCCCGUUCUUGAACGACGAACUUGGCUUCCCAUCUCUCGGCAACGGACCAAACAACUACUUCAACCGCAGCGACGUCCAAGCCGCGAUCCACGCCCCUCCUACCGACUACGUGAUCUGUGGUGACGACAGCCUCUUCCCCAACGGUGACCAAUCUCCCCCGUCAUCCUUCAGCGCCCUCCCACAUGUUAUCGAAUCUACGAACAACGUCAUCGUCGGCAGCGGUCUGUUGGACUACCUCCUCAUGACCAACGGCACGCUGAUGACCCUGAACAACAUGACCUGGAACGGUGCCCAAGGCUUCUCCAAGAAACCCUCCGACAAGUUCUUCGUGCCUUACAACCCCUCGAUCGGGUUUGUCAUUCAGGAAACGACCAACCAGCCUAUCCCCGCCACACCUGUGGGCUUGGUCGCCGGCGGUGGAUACAUGGGUACCACGCACACCGAGAGAGGAUUGACCUGGGUAACUGUCGACAUGGCGGGUCACGAGAUUCCUCAAUACGUCCCGGGCGCGGCGUACAGACAGCUCGAGUUUUUGCUGGGUAGAAUCAAGAGCCUGACCCAAAUGGGCGACUUCUCGACGCAGCACGGUAACUACACUGGCACAACUCCAUUGUAGACGGCUGGAUCGCCGGACGAGGGUUGGGGGUCCAGAUGCAGUACGCUCAGCUACUUAUGGUGCCGAAGCAAUCACAUGUUAGUUAGCUGUAAUGCCACACGGUAUACGAAAAUUUUAUGAUCGAG